AAAGGACGCACGUGCACGUGCACGUCAUUGAGCGAUGCAUUUAAUACGGGCUCGGGUGGUAGCUGUUUGUGAGUCCGUCGAGUGAACGGCUCAGCCGGGCUCAGAAAAGUUACCGAGCCGUGCAAUACUACCUGAUCCGCGAGAGAUGUGCGACGGGCCGUCGCAUUCAUUGCGCCGCAGAGCUAUCGUCAAUACCGUGAAAUACAGUAGGGAAAUACAGGAUGGAGCGCAGAUCCCCACGCCAGCUUGCGGUAUGGAUUUCGGGAGCAUCUGAGCCCGAGCUCAGAAACGAAUUUUCGCAGAUUCUAUGGCAACUUCCCAUCGUUUCUAAAAUAUUGGAGAAAAUUGACGUUUCUUGAUCUAUCACACAAUAGUUUUUCCGGAAGGUUGCCAUUGUGGAUCGGAGCUUUGGGUGAAUUACAAUUUCUGCGGCUAAACCAGAAUAUGUUUUCUGGAGAAAUCCCACCUACCAUCUCAGAUCUUAGUCACCUUCACAUUUGAACCUAGCAGGUAAUGGCUUAUCAGGUGCCAUACCGUGGGAUCUAUCAAAUGUGACAGCCAUGACAGGAAAGUAUGUAAAGGAUCCUAUGCUUGACUCAUAUCCUUAUGGUGGUUACUCGUAUAUGUUCUAUACAUAUAAUUUUUCCUCAGUGAUCGUUAAGGGACGUGAGCUUGAUUAUGGUAUUGGCAUUUUGGAUUUGGUGAGCGUUGACUUAUCUUUGAACCAACUAACUGGGAGAAUACCAGAAGAAAUAGCUGCUCUUGAUGCAUUGAUGAACUUGAAUCUAUCGUGCAACCAGUUGAGUGGGAAAAUCCCAAAUAAGCUUGGGGCCUUGCAGGCUUUGGAAUCACUUGACCUCUCAAGUAACAUGCUUUCUGGUGGAAUCCCUUCGAGCCUGUCAGAUAUAACCUAUUUGAGUUACUUGGACUUGUCUGAUAACAAUCUCACUGGGAGAAUACCAUCAGGUCGUCAGCUUGACACCCUCUACACCCAGCAACCUUCCAUGUACAGUGGCAACAGUGGUCUAUGUGGCCCUCUUCCAAACAGUUGCCCCGGAAAGAAUUCAGCAACACAAGAUUAUCCAAAAAUGAACGAGCAUUCCUUUGAGCCAAUAACCUUUUCUUUUGGACUCGCUCUGGGAUCUAUUCUGGGUCUCUGGGUGGUGUUCUGCGUCCUGUUGUUUAAGAGAGCAUGGAGGAUUUCUUAUUUCGGCCUGAUUGACCAGACAUAUGAUCAGAUGUAUGUGUUUGCCGUUCUUACAUGGAAAAGCUGGGCCAGAAAGGAAGCUACAAAUUGAGUAACAAGAGCUCUGAAGAAGCAUGAAGCAGCAUAUUAAGCUGAGAUGUUUAUUUCCUUUAAGUUAAUGUAAAGGAUAAUGAUGAUUUAAAUUUUCUAUGCAUGUAUGAUAAUACUUUUGAACUCUUGUAUGAUAAUGAUGAUUC